UUUGGGGCCAGCCCUGUAGAUCCCAGCUGAACCGCCAAGUGACAGCGUGACCCUGCAGGCUUUUCUGAACCCGAGCCUCAGUUUCGUCUGUGGGGAAGCGGAUAACACGCCCUGCCUUGGAGACUCGAGUGAGGUGACUGAAGCACUGUGGAGAGCCGCCGCUCACCUGUGUCUCGGAUCAUCUCGUUGCACCUGGCGCACGCGGCCAAUCUUGUUUUCUGUCCUGAUGGAGACGUCUUGAUGUUUAUGCUGUCCACACAUGUUGCACCUUGACUUGUGUGUGGGUUAUGAACUCACAUACUUUUGACAGAGUUUUUCCUUGGACCAAGAUGACUGAUGGAAACCUUUCCACCUCUACAAAUGGCGUAGCCUUGAUGGGCAUUCUGGACGGUCGACCAGGAAACCACAUUCAGAACCUGCAACACUUGGCUCUCAAGGCGCCCAGGUCCCUCUCGUUGCCCGAGUAUGGGCCCAAGCUGAAACUCAGUGCUUUAGAAGAUCGGCACAGCCUUAAAUCGGUGGACUCGGGCAUUCCUACCCUCGAGAUCGGCAACCCGGAGCCUGUCCCCUGCAGUGUGGUCCACGUGAGGAGGAAGCCGUCCGAGUCGGAGAUCGUCCCUGAGCGAGCCUGCCAGAGUGCCUGCCUGCUGCCCUCCUACGCGCCCCCGGCUCCCGCCGGCGCCGAGCGGGAGCAGAGCCUGCGCAAGUCCUCCACGUUUCCAAGGACAGGCUACGACUCGGCGAAGCUCUACAGCCCCGCCUCCCAGGCCCUGCAGCGCAGCAACAAUGUCUCAGUGUGCAGCGUGUCCAGCCUCAGCACGGAGCCAUCCACCGCGCUGUCCCUCAGCAACGAGGACAUCUUGGACCUCGUGGUCACGAGCAGCUCCAGUGCCAUCGUGACCCUGGAGAACGACGACGACCCGCAGUUCACCGACGUCACCUUGAGCUCCACCAGGGAGACCCGUGACCUCCAGCGGGACUGUGCCGGUGAGACGGAGGAGGGGAGGAAGCUGAGACUCCUGGGGCCGUUCAGCCACUUCUUUACCAGGAAUUUGCUUGCUAGAAAACAGAAUGCAAGACUUGACAAACAAAAUGACUUGGGAUGGAAGUUAUUUGGAAAAGUACCACUUGGAGAGAAUGCUCAGAAAGAUGCAAAGAAGUUACAAAAGGAAUAUGAAGACAAGGCUGGACGACCUAGCAAGCCUCCCUCUCCGAAGCAGAAUGUGAGGAAGAAUCUUGACUUUGAGCCUCUCUCCACCACCGCACUCAUCCUGGAGGACAGGCCAGCAAAUCUCCCAGCGAAGCCAGCUGAAGAAGCUCAGAAACACAGGCAACAGUAUGAAGAAAUGGUGGUUCAGGCCAAAAAACGAGAGCUGAAAGAAGCCCAGAGGAGGAAAAAGCAGCUGGAAGAAAGAUGCAGACUGGAAGAAAGUAUUGGAAAUGCAGUCCUCACUUGGAACAACGAGAUUUUGCCCAACUGGGAAACAAUGUGGUGCUCUAGAAAAGUUCGAGACUUGUGGUGGCAGGGAAUCCCUCCCAGCGUGAGAGGCAAGGUCUGGAGCUUAGCCAUUGGCAACGAGUUAAACAUCACUCACGAGCUCUUCGACAUCUGUCUCGCCCGAGCAAAGGAGCGGUGGCGGUCCUUUAGCACGGGAGGCUCCGAAACAGAGAUCGAAGAUGCUGGUUUUUCAGCAGCAGACAGAGAAGCCAGUCUGGAGCUGAUUAAACUGGACAUCUCCAGAACAUUCCCCAGUCUCUGCAUUUUCCAGCAAGGUGGCCCGUACCACGACAUGCUGCACAGCGUUUUGGGCGCGUACACUUGUUACCGACCGGAUGUGGGUUAUGUUCAGGGCAUGUCCUUCAUAGCAGCCGUAUUGAUCUUGAACUUGGAUACUGCAGAUGCCUUCAUUGCUUUUUCUAAUCUUUUGAAUAAACCCUGUCAAAUGGCAUUUUUCCGAGUGGACCAUGGCCUUAUGCUGACGUACUUUGCUGCAUUUGAGGUAUUCUUUGAAGAAAAUUUGCCGAAAUUAUUUGCUCAUUUCAAGAAAAACAACUUAACUCCAGACAUCUACCUAAUUGAUUGGAUCUUCACUCUCUACAGCAAGUCCCUGCCCCUCGACCUGGCCUGCCGGGUCUGGGACGUGUUCUGCCGUGACGGGGAGGAGUUCCUGUUCCGCACGGCCCUGGGCCUCCUCAGGCUGUUUCAGGACGUCCUGACCAGGAUGGACUUCAUUCACGUGGCGCAGUUCCUCACGCGGCUGCCGGAGGACCUGCCCGCCGAGGAGUUCUUUGCUUCCAUUGCCAGCAUUCAGAUGCAAAGUCGAAACAAGAAGUGGGCUCAGACCUGGAGGCUCGAGGAGGUUCCCAGUUUUUAUGUUUGGCCAGAUUACGUCACAGGUGCUGACCGCCUUGCAGAAGGACAGCAGGGAAAUGGAGAAAGGAAGCCCAUCUCUGCGGCAUUGACGAGGUUUUUCUCCACCUGCCUUGCCCGCCGAUGACACUUCAGGUACAAAGCAAGCUGCCCAGCCGCUGGCCGUCCUCAUGCCCUCCACCCCAGCUCUGUCCCAUGUGUCCUUUCCCCCCUCGUGUUCCUGGCUAAACUCCCCGGGGAGCUUGCAGAGCAUCCCCCACCACUUCCUGCCUCAGCCUUGAAGCGCUGACCUGCCUGACCCCUUGGAGGAGGCCUUCUGUCUCCGCCGAGCGCCAAGGCAGCCGGUCCCGGACUCCUCAAGAGGCUGAGCGUAACCGGGCCGAAAACGGGCCACCAGCCCUGUCAUGCCCUUCCUCGAGGACGUACCUGGUCUCAUCCCAUGACGUGGGCUUUCUGUUCGUGAAAGAUGUAUAUAUUUUCUUACUGUACAUAAAGACAUUCCCGAAGUGGUGACAGAAGGCGCCGCAGCCGGGGCCGCGGGCAGUUGCUGAGAAUGCGUUUGUGCACCUCCACAUGCCGUCAGCCCCCCCAGCCCUCGACGUGGCUGUCGGAUGGCUCGACGUAAGUCUCUUCGGAUAGCACUGUAUAUGCAUUGAGUUUUUAAGCAGGAUUCCAGGCCAUUCUGCAGCUCUUCCAGAUCUGUAGUUUAGAGGAAGUUUUCAUGACCUGUUCAGGGACCACACGAGCUCUCUGCUGGCUUGAUGUGUCCACCUCGGAGUCUGGGAAGUUCAAGGUCCCAGUCCAGGGUCGCUCAGCCACUUGCCACAGAGGGCAGAGGGCUGCUGGACCGCACAGGGCUGCGCUUCUCUGCUCACCAUUCUGGUUUCGGAAAACUGGAAACAGAAUUGGAAGCGCAGCCCCCUUGGGAAGUCGGCCGUCUCCACUUCCGGUGCCACUGAUUUUCAGAAGGUGAGAUGUCAGGCUUGGGGCCUCUGCGGCUGGCACCUAAGAGUCGGUUGCCGUGUCCCCACCAGUCACUGAAAUCCCAUCUGGAACAACGUCCACUUUAAAGGGUACUUUUUAACUGCUCUGGUUUUGACUAUUUUAAAUAGUUUGCUGAUAACACUUGCUACAUAUCAUGUUUUAAUUGCUUGUACAGUUAACCUUUAAUUUUAUUUAGUAAAGUGUAUCAAACUAGGGCUUUUUGAAUUGUAAAUACGUGGUUUUAUUAAAUAAAAAGUCAUGUAAAA